AUGAAAAUUGGAUUAAAACGGGCGUACCCGGAUAGCAUGGAGGACUGUAAGAAGAGACACUCAGGCACUAAAGUUUCGAAAAUUGCAAAUAUAUUUCAAGGAAUGCCGUCGAAAGAGGAAGAAGAGAUGCGCGGUACCGACGUGACGGUGGUCCGAACCGAGAGCCAUCUGGCGAGGUUCAAUACCGCAAGGGCUCUUUUUGAGAAGUUAGGAGAAGAGAAUCGUGGCUUCAGAAUUGAAAAGUCACCAUCUGCAGCAGCGAGUUUCGCCGGCACGCGGGGCGUCCCUCCGGCGGCGCCCGCGCGGUCGCGCUCCAGUUCGGCCGGCUCCGUGAGUCCCCCGCGGCGCAUCAUCACGCCCACGCCCACUGCGGCGCCGGCCGUCAACGGCGACCGACUGGCCAAUGGUGCAACCCAACCGCCACCUAAACCUGCGAAACCCAGCGUUUUGCCCAAGCCGGAAAAACCAGAUAGACGGUUUAAUAAAGAACUCAUAGAAAAGCAAAGAAAUUGGACUGCUCAUUUUAAUAAAAAUCGGCAAACGCGUCAUGAGCAUGAACCAAGGGAUUCUAGAUAUACGAGUGGUUAUCAAGACAGGAAAUCGCCGGAAGCAACUGACAAAUAUGUAGUUCCCUCACGAGUUUACUCACCGCCCCUAUCCCCCUGUGCUGGUGAUUCUCAAGUUGAACGUCCGACUACUCUUCCUUCUAAUUUAGUCAGUAGAAGUUUACCUAGUGCAAAGUCUCCUAGUCCUGUAAAAAAUUUAGCUUCAGUGUCGCCCUUAACUAGAUCCAAUAAUUUAGUGUCACCUACUGCUAGGUCAGAAAUACCAUCUCCGGCAAUAAGAAGAGAUAAUAUAGUAAGUUCUCCUACAAAAACAAAUCCAGAGACGUCACAAGAAUUUAGUGAAAAAGUUUACCCAAAAGUUAGAUCAUCAAGAUCGCCAGAAGUUGAAAAUGAUGUAUCUAAACACAAAGACGAAUUAUUGACUAAUAAAAUGAGUGAUUAUUUACAUUCUCCAAAUUCUGUAUCCAAAUCAAAUGAAUGGAAAUCACCUACACCAACACCUCCGGCGCAAGUGCCAUCUGCGGUAGAUCCCGCUCCUAGAUAUAAGAAAUCGCCACCGUCACCCCCACCAAGAUCACCAAAGUCUCCCUUAUUCCCAACGUCGCGAGAAGACGAUAAUUUAAGAGACGACCAUUCCAAAUCACCAUCUCCUCAAGAUCAACCGAUCGAUCUGACGUCAGAUGUUUUAGACAAGGAUAUAGAAGCAAGUGAAUCUCCGAACAACGGAUCGCCUAAGUCCCCAACUCCAUCACAAACUUACGGAGUCCACGAAACAAGAGACGGCAGUGAUCGUGAUCAACCUGAUUCACUGAGUCCAGAGCAAUACCAUGUGACGGAUACUUCACCGAAGCCAUCAGACACUGUGAGCUUGGAUGAUGAUGGUUAUGAGGCGGUACAGUAUGAUGCAGAAUGGGAAGAAAAAUCAAAACGACGUUCGUCGACGCCCGAAUCGCCUGUAGGAGUUACGGAGGCGGACGAAGCUACGCGCUCGCCGCUAGCGUCGCCGCUAGCUUCUCCUGUGCAUCACCAUGUGUAUUCUUCGCCUCCUCCGUCGCUCCACACUUCACCUUCGCCGGUGGGCGGAGGUCGCAACCGCAAGUCGUCGGAGGCGGAGGAGACGCCGGUGCGCGGCGGCUCGCGCGCGUCCAGCGUGUCGGACGAGGGCGGCUUCAACGAGCCGUCGCCCGGCGUGGUGGCGCGGCUGCGGCCCGCCGACUACCGCGAGCCGCCGCCGCCGCUCACGCGCGACCACCGCGACGCCGAGCGCGCGCGCUCCGACCCCGACACGCUGUCUGUCUUGCAACAGGACUCGGGCGUAGUGGUGAGCGAAGCGAGCCAGGGCUCCAUAGAGGUGCUCGACAAGUCGACCACCAGCCAAUGGAGCGUGUCGGAGGCGGACAACGCGUCGGGGGAGCCGCGCGGCGCCGACGCGGCCGACGCCGAGCCGCGCUGGGACGACAAGCAGCCCGACAGCAUGACACCCGACGAAGCCGAGAUCCUCCUCAGCUCCAGUAUUUUGGAGAAAAAACUUCGGCAAGAAGCUCUGCUGUCGGACGAGCAGGCGCAGGAGAUCGCCGCCAUGCUGUCGCCGCACACGCUGCCGCACGACAACGGCGUCUCGCUCAACGACAGCUACCAGUCCGUACUCUCCUACGAGAGUAUGCAGUCAGUGGACGAGAGCUACGAGUUCGUGUCCCUCGAAGCGGACAACGGCAUGGCGGGCGGUGACCGCAAACUGCCGGCCGAGGCUCGCGCCGAGCCCGAGCGCGCGCCCGAGCCCGAGCGCGAGCACGAGCGCGAGCCCGAGCGCGACGAGGGCACGGUGUUCGACCACUACCCGCCGCAGCCGCUGCGCGAGCUUGCCGAGGAAAACGGCAUACAUUACUUCGAGGAUGGACACUUCUAUACGGAGGUCGAAGGACUUCCGCCUAUCGAAGAAGUCGAAGACGACGAUUAUUACCCGCCAGUAUUUGUUAAGAAAAGCUCGAGAGUUAAAUUCAGCGUUGCACAAGUAGACAGCAUCGCGCAGGUGAUGGCCAAGGAGCGCAUUCGCGGGCAGAGGUGA